GGCCCUCCCGGUCCUCCAGGGCCGAGGGGGGAGAAAGGAUACCGCGGACGAAAAGGGAAGAAAGGAGACAGAGGCUUUAUAGGAUCAACAGGAAAAAGUGGGCCAGUAGGAGCAAAAGGCGAUGAUGGACUGAAAGGGCAAAAAGGAAACCCAGGGCCCACUGGCACACCAGGAGCAAAAGGAGAUAGGGGCAUUAUGGGACCAUCAGGAGAUAGCGGAAAGCAAGGUAUCAUGGGACAAGUAGGGCCCAAAGGCGAUGCUGGUCUUAGAGGCCAAAAAGGAGACUUAGGGCCCCCUGGCAUGCCGGGAGCCAAAGGAGAGCCUAGUCAACCGAAGACUGUUGUAGUUUCAAGUAAGUGAUGAUAUAAAACUUUCAUUGUCGGCACUCUCUUAAAGAUAGCUAUAAUUCAUUCAGGCUCCCUGUGCACCGUAAGAAACAGGAAAAAAGAAGACUUUAACUUCUUGCUUCCUAAGAAGGCGUUCAGAUAGUGGAGUGUGGCGCGUUUCCUGCUCUGCACUUAUCUUUGCAAUGUCACCACUAUCUGAACGCCUGAAGAAGGCGAGGUCGGAUCAGGAUUUUCAUUAUUUCUAUUAGAGGACAGAUCACGCCUUUACAAAUUAACAAUAUCGUAGCUCAUUCUUUCUUGGUUAAACGUGUCUUUCAGGUCCCCCAGGCCCACCAGGUCUACCUGGGCCGAGGGGAGAGAAGGGUGACCGGGGACAAAAAGGGAAAAGAGGAUCACGUGGGAAAAGAGGCGAUAGAGGUAUUAUGGGAUCACCAGGAAAUAGAGGAGCUACGGGGAAGAAAGGCGAAACUGGACUUAAGGGGCAAAGGGGAAACCCAGGGCCCACUGGCAUGCCGGGAGACAAAGGAGAUAUAGGUGUUAAUGGAACACCGGGAAAGAACGGCAAGCAAGGCAUCGUGGGGCCAAAAAGGGAUGCUGGAGAAAAAGGCCAAAAGGGAGAUGCAGGGUCCGCUGGAAUACCAGGA